AAUUUUCUCCCGUCGGCCGGCGAUCAAUCUGCUUCAAGUUCAGCUAGGUUUUUCAGCUAAAAGAAAAGGUUUAGCUAGGUUUGCGCUCAUACGUGCAUCUGGUCGGGUGGGUCUGCUCGCAUCAGCGCGUCCACCAUGACAAUGUUGUCGCGGAGUUCUGAUCCUCCCAUGGAUGUCCAAAAAGGCACUGCCUGGCCGGCGGCGACAGAGGAGGAGGAGCUGUCCUGCUGUACCGCGGCGUCGCUGAAAGUGUUCAUGGUGCUGUAUUCGCUGUAUAUGGUUGGCCUGAUCAUAUGGAUGUUCAAGGUUUGCGAAAAUUGGUGGCAGGCAUGGCCGGCUGUUUUUCUCGUGUUAGUCUGGGUAUUGGCACUCCUGGUGCUUGCCGGGCAACAUGCCAAAGUAACGUUGUCCGCGAGUUCUGAUCAUUGCCUGGACCUCGAGAAAGGCGCUGGGCCAACGCUGACCAAGGAGGAGGAGCUGGCCAAGGUGAACUCUCGCAUUGCCAAGGGUAUCAUGGUGGUUCUGGUGAGGCUUUUGCUUUUCUCCCGCACCUUCCUAUUUUGCUUCUAG